CAACAAUAGGCUAUAGUUGCGGAUUGCCUGCGGUUUGCUAUCCAUAGCUACAAGUGCCGUCACCAAGUCUGUUGCUACGGAUUUCACACCGCAUGGACAAGAUACUUGAAAAUUAUGAAAUCAGAAGGACUGGAGAUAUCUCAGCCAGCUUUGGACCCUAAUUCAACAGAGAUACAUCACAGAAUUACCAUCCGGAAAAGAACAAAGAAGGUCCAUAGAAGAGUCUAUGACACUCGUGGCAAUGUGAAGUGUUCAGAGGCUAGCAAUGAACCACCAUGCACUGGAUUUGUGGAGGGUAUGGCGCCAGUGUUUUCACGGUCUGCUUGGCGUUGUGCUUGGCACCUUAUCCAGAAUGAUCUUGUUCAUGGUUGGGGCAUGGAUAUGAAACUUGGUUACUGUGCUCAGGGUGAUCGAACAGAAAAAGUGGGAGUCAUUGAUAGCGAAUUCAUUGUCCAUCAAGGAAUACAAACCCUCGGAGGAAGUAAUGACAAAAAGGCAUAUAAAGAUACUCAUCGUAAAGAGUCGACGAAGAGACAAAGUGUUCCAGCAGUUGAUGUGCGAUCAGAGAUAAGGAGGCAAUCAACAUCGGAGCUUCAAAUAUUUCGAAAACGGUGGGACCAGGCUGUUAAAGAAGACAAGGAAUGGAUUGACCCGUUCAAGAGACGCCUAAGACCCUGGCACCGCUGAGUUUACCUAAUUUUAUUGAUAGAUUUAUUCAUUCUUUUCUACUAAUUCCCUUUUCUUGUUUCUCUCGUCAUUAUAUUGGGGAUGUUGAGGUCCAUUGAAUUUUAGAUAAUUAAUUCUUUGUUCGAGUAGUGUUUUUACUUUUGAUCAGGAAAAAAAUAGUUGUAUUUGUACUUGAUGUCUAGUUAUUGGUGUAACUUCACACAUUAUGUUCUAUAAGUUUUUCUUAGAGCUGAGUUAAAACUUUGAGCACUGUGUACAAUAAAUUAAUUUUAUAAUCUCUUAAUGAGA